AUGACCAACGACGUUUCUCUUUCGAACAUUUCUGUUUCAUUAAACAAUACAAGUACCAACGACCCUAACACGACUGUUGCAACUAAUACUGCUGCUGAUGAAUCGACAGACUAUUAUUUUUCUUCCUCCGACCAGUUCUAUCUCUACAUUGACUGUGAAAUACCCCCUAAUUUUUCGGAAAUAAUUCGAAAUACGAGCGAACUCAUUUGCAAGCGAAAGCCCCUGAAAAUCAGUCUCUUUGCUUUUGAUUUGGUCUGCGCAGCGUACUUUCAAGAAAACGAAAUCUACCGAGGAGUACCUAAAUCGAUCACGACAAUCUUUCCUCAACUUUUUGAGCUGAUGAUUAAUCCGCUCAAAGCUGUCUGUAUCGUCUUUGGGCAAGCUCUAGGAGCCUACGUUCCAGGGCAAAACCCGGUCAACUGUGGGUCGAACUACUUCCGGCCAGGCGCAGAAUGGCCUCUUCAGAGUAGGCUUGGCGGAGCCCAGAGUGGAAAGACAGUCAGACUCUGUCAAAAUAACUACGGAAAGACUCACUACUACGCGACUCUUUUCAACACCGACACCAAUGUCCCCGUUUACUCUGCUGUGAAAAUCCGUCGAAACAAAUAUGCAUCGACUUAUCCUCGGCCAAGUUCAAACUGGCACUACAUGUGCAACGGUCUUUGCGGAACAAGCACUCCCUCUUCCACUACAUCCUUCUACUCCAACCUCUCCAGCGUCGGAAGCUCUAAUUAUGGCAACUGCGAUCACUGGCAGCCACAGGACAACGACUACCUCGGAAACAACGCUGCAAUCGGAAUCGACCGAGGCCAUCUAAUCCCCAACGCCCUGAUGAACCAAAACGAAGACGCAGCCAAAUCAACCUUCACCCUCACCAACGUCAGCCCACAAUACUCCACUUUCAACCAACAAGCUUGGAAUCAGCUGGAAUGCAUGGUCAGAAAAUUUAUGGAAGAAGAAAUCAACAACGAGGACGUCUGGAUCAUCGUCGGAACUUAUGGAAAAGUUGGAACAAUGAAUGGAAACGACUCGAGCAAGAAUAAUGUUGAUAUUCCUGAAUUUUACUGGCACGCGUUCUGUUACACAGGGACUGGUUAA